CACUGCUCUAUUGUCAGCUGUCGUCACCUCUGUUUUGUUUCAAAUACCCAUCUCGGUGACACCGGCAAAAUCUUGAUUAAUUUUUGAUAAGUUAGACAAUCAUUUUGAACUAACGAAUUCUAAAAAUAAUCUACAAUAGAAUUUAUUAAACAUUAACACAAUGUCGUUCCUUGCAAGGGCGCUGUUUAGAAAAGUCCCAACUUUAUGCCAAAAGGCCGGUCGUCAACAAAUAUCUGCUAGACGGCUUUUACAUCAAACUGCUCCACUUUUGGCCGUCAAAGUGCAACGCCCCGCACCGGACUUUAAAGGUUUAGCCGUUGUGGGCAAUGACUUUCAAGAGAUAAAGCUUGCCGACUUCAGAGGAAAAUACCUAGUUUUAUUCUUCUAUCCAUUGGAUUUUACUUUUGUCUGCCCUACUGAAAUUAUUGCAUUUAGCGAACGCAUAGAAGAAUUCAAAAAACUAAAUGCUGAAGUAGUUGGUGUAUCUGUGGACUCGCAUUUCAGUCAUUUAGUUUGGUGUAACUCGGAACGCAAAGAUGGUGGCCUUGGUGGCCUAAGUUACCCACUUCUUUCAGAUUUAACUAAAAAGAUUUCCAAUGAUUACGACGUUCUAUUAGAUAAUGAAGGCAUUUCCUUGCGUGGUACCUUUAUUAUAGACCCCAAUGGAAUCGUGCGUCAAUACUCUAUAAACGACUUGCCGGUCGGCCGUUCUGUGGAUGAAGUACUCCGACUCAUAAAGGCAUUCCAAUUUGUGGAUGAACACGGAGAGGUCUGCCCUGCAAAUUGGCACCCAGAUAAGAAUCCUGACACAAUCAAGCCUGACGUCGCUGAUUCAAAGGAAUAUUUCAAGAAGCACGGAUAAGGAGCAAUAUUGUAUCUAUAAUUCAUUUUUUAUUCUUUAAAAUUCACUACUGCAAUUUACAAUUAUAGUAUACAUGCGGAACGAAAAAAGUAAAUAUAUAUGAAUAGUCCUGAACAACAAA